ACUCUCUUCUCCUCGCAGAUCCUUGCCAUAAUUUCCAUCAUGUUCAUCGUCCUCUCCACCAUUGCCCUGUCCCUCAACACGCUGCCCGAGCUGCAGAGCCUCGAUGAGUUCGGCCAGAGCACAGACAAUCCCCAGCUGGCCCACGUGGAGGCUGUGUGCAUUGCAUGGUUCACCAUGGAGUACCUGCUGCGCUUCCUCUCCUCACCCAAGAAGUGGAAGUUCUUCAAGGGCCCACUCAAUGCCAUUGACUUGUUGGCCAUCCUGCCGUACUAUGUCACCAUUUUCCUCACCGAAUCCAACAAGAGCGUGCUGCAGUUCCAGAACGUCCGCCGCGUGGUCCAGAUCUUCCGCAUCAUGCGUAUUCUCCGCAUCCUUAAGCUUGCCCGCCACUCCACCGGCCUCCAGUCCUUGGGCUUUACUCUGCGGAGGAGCUACAAUGAGUUGGGCUUGCUCAUCCUCUUUCUCGCCAUGGGCAUCAUGAUCUUCUCUAGCCUUGUCUUCUUUGCUGAGAAGGAUGAGGAAGACACCAAGUUCAAAAGCAUCCCAGCCUCUUUCUGGUGGGCCACCAUCACCAUGACGACUGUUGGGUAUGGAGACAUCUACCCUAAGACUCUCCUGGGGAAAAUUGUGGGGGGGCUCUGCUGCAUUGCAGGGGUCCUGGUGAUUGCUCUUCCCAUUCCCAUCAUUGUCAAUAACUUCUCUGAGUUCUACAAGGAGCAGAAGAGGCAGGAGAAAGCAAUCAAGAGGAGAGAGGCUUUGGAGAGAGCCAAGAGGAAUGGCAGCAUCGUAUCCAUGAACAUGAAGGAUGCUUUUGCCCGGAGCAUUGAGAUGAUGGACAUUGUGGUUGAGAAAAAUGGGGAGAAUAUGGGUAAGAAGGAUAAAGUGCAAGAUAACCACAUGUCUCCCAACAAAUGGAAAUGGACAAAGAGGACACUGUCUGAAACCAGCUCAAGUAAGUCCUUUGAAACCAAGGAGCAGGGAUCCCCUGAGAAGGCCAGAUCAUCUUCUAGUCCUCAGCACCUGAACGUCCAGCAGUUGGAAGACAUGUACAAUAAGAUGGCCAAGACCCAAUCCCAACCCAUCCUCAAUACCAAGGAGUCAGCAGCACAGAGCAAACCAAAGGAAGAACUUGAAAUGGAGAGUAUCCCCAGCCCCAUAGCCCCUCUGCCCACUCGCACAGAAGGGGUCAUUGACAUGCGAAGUAUGUCGAGCAUUGAUAGCUUCAUUAGCUGUGCCACAGACUUCCCGGAAGCCACCAGAUUCUCCCACAGCCCUUUGGCAUCACUCUCCAGCAAGACUGGGGGCAGCAUAGCCCCAGACAUGGGCUGGCGGGGAGCUCUGGGUGCCAGUGGUGGUAGAAUUGUGGAGGCCAACCCCACCUCCAAUACUAGCCAUCACUCUAGUUUCAUCAUCGAGAGCCCCAAGAGUUCCAUGAAGACCAACAACCCCUUGAAGCUUCGAGCACUUAAAGUCAACUUCAUGGAGGGCCAUCCCAGUCCACUACUCCCUGUUCUGGGGAUGUACCAUGACCCUCUUAGGAACCGGGGGGGUGCUGCAGCUGCUGUUGCUGGACUGGAGUGUGCCACACUCUUAGACAAGCCUGUGCUGAGCCCCGAGUCCUCCAUCUACACCACAGCAAGUGCUAGGACACCCCCCCGGUCGCCCGAGAAACACACGGCAAUAGCAUUCAACUUCGAGGCAGGUAUCCACCAGUACAUUGAUGCAGACACAGAUGAUGAGGGGCAGCUGCUCUACAGUGUGGACUCCAGCCCUCCCAAAAGUCUCCCCGGGAGCACCAGUCCCAAGUUCAGUGUCGGGACAAGAUCAGAGAAGAACCACUUUGAAAGCUCCCCCUUACCCACCUCCCCUAAGUUCUUAAGGCAGAACUGUAUUUAUUCUACAGAAGCAUUGACUGUAAAGGGUCCCAGUGGUCAGGAAAAGUGCAAACUUGAGAACCACAUCUCCCCCGAUGUCCGUGUAUUACCAGGGGGAGGAGGCCCUGGAAGUGCGCGGGAUCAGAGCCUCUGAACUACCCUGCCACGGAGGAGAGACUUGUGGGUGAGGUCCAAAGAGGAGGGCUGUUCGGCUUUCCUGCCACAGAGCUUUUCUGCAUGAACUCUAAAACAGAAAGGCCCUGAAAAGCCCCCAGAAAGAGGAGAGACUCCAGAGAAGGCUCCUUAAGACCUUGAGAGCCACAACCAGCAUGAAGUUGGCCAAGCCAUGGGGUACAGCAGCUCCUUGUAACGACUCUGUUGCCCUCUCUGGGAGAUGACAUGAGCAGAACUCAUAGCCACCACUACCAUCAUUCUAGACCUAACCCAGGCCACCUACUCCCCAUUCUUCUCUCAUGGCUUUCCAUCACAGCCUCUGAGGGCAACAUCUCCAUCCCUCCCGGCUUCAGCUAGAGAAGGAUUCUACAAUAAGUGGCUGACGUUGAAAGAAUGGGCUGACCAAUUUGGUAUUGGGGGUUGCCCAGCCACCUCUGGGAACACUGGUCCAUCACCUCCUGGAUGGAUCCCACUCUUAGAAGGCUACAGGGAAUGCUUGUGUCAUGGGGAAAUCUCUGCGCCAUAAGCCACGAUCCCAGCGCAAAACCCUUACUCAUAUGUCUUCACUGACUUCCGUAUUCCGUAGUACCUGAGAUUUUAUUUUGAGAUAUCAUCAGGGUGAGUUGUACCACUUGUACUCAAUUCUAAUUGCCCCCUGGCAAUCUGGGAAGGGUUCAGAAGGCGGGCGCUCAGCCAACAGUAUGAACUUGGAGCAUCGCUUUAGGGUUGUAGGAGGAAAACGCUUCCUGUACAUCACUAGUGUAGACUCAAAAGAUAUGCAAGUGUCACAUAUGCAAAAGAAAUAGUUCAUUCAAAAAGACUGUGUGUUACUGAAGAACAGCAUAAACAUCUGAUUUUUUUUACCUGCAAGAGUGAAAGGAAAAAAAAAACACCCCUAAUUGAAAUGCCCACUUCAGACUUUUGAAUACUUCCUGCUGCAACAGGGAAAACACCUACUAUAAUAGAAAUUCUUUUUUGUUUCCUGUGGUAUUCAAGC